AGCGGCAAUUCACAAAGCUUAGAGUGCAAAUAAUAGCUACCUUAGGCUGAAGUGUUGUUGGUCUUAGAAGCUUUGGCUCUCUAGCAAUCAAGGCCACAACAGAACAAGGAAAGCUAAGGCAGAGCCAGAAGAAGUUCCUCUUGGGUGGCUGGUUUCUCCACUGAGCAGGGAAAGGGGCCAUCCCCCGUGUCUGAUAAAAGAUAUAUCAAUGGUAUCAGCCUCAAAGUGGUAGCUCCAGGCCUUGGCUUCCUCAACAGUGCUUCCAACAUUGGUAUGAAGAUCAUCAACUUGAUUUGCUUAUCGAAAUAUAUUGUUGAUGCACAGAUACAUCUAAUCCUACAUGGGAGCCGACAGAGAAGGGUUACAGAAGCUGGAGUCCGUUGCUCCGCCAAGUAACGUGACCCUCUCUUUCUCUCCACCAAAUGGCUAGCUGGAAGCGGAAUUCGAGAAGAUAGGCGGAGAUCGAGAUAGGGCCGAGGCGGAGACCCAGAUCUCUCCCAGGGGAUCAUGGUCGCAGCCAUCACCGCCGCCUCUCCGACGACCGCCGCCACCCCCAGCCCUAAAAACCCCUCCCACCCCGACGAUCCCCACAACCCCGUCCGCCCUCCUCUCACCCCCUCCGAGAGGGACAAUGCCGCCCGCCGCCCCCGCACCAAAGGGAUCUCCUCUCGCUAUCUCUCCUCCUAUUCUUCUUCUUCUUCUUCGUUUACUACUACGUCUACUUCCUAUUCUUCUUCCAAUUCCUACUCUUCUUCGAGCUCUUCUUCCAGCUCCCGGCGUUUCCCAUCCGCCCCUCCACCCCCGCCCGCCACCGCCGAGCCCUCCGCUGCUGCCCAGGCCCUCUGCACCACCACCCGAAGCCUCUCCGUCUCCUUCCAGGGGGAGUCCUUCUUCUACCAGACCAGCCGCGCCAAGGCCACCUCCCGCAGCCCAGCCCGCAAGCCCACCCCGGAGCGCCGGAGGGCCAGCCCAGCUUCCGCUACCCCGGCCAGGGCCGGCAACCGGUCGGAGAACUCCCGGACCUUGGAGAACCACCAUCGCUGGCCGGCCGCCAGAGCCCGGCACUCGAAUCCCUUGAUGAGGAGCUUGGACUGCAAUUUGGAAAGGAAAGGUUCUAUCUUGGCAACCGUCCAUUUGCUGCAGCAGUCGAUGGUGUUCGAGGAUGGCACGCGCCGUGCAUCUUUUGAUGGGGGCGAUUUCUCAGCGUCAUCGGAUACUGAUAGUGUGUCCUCAGGGAGCAAUUCAGGGGCGCAGGAGCUCAGCAUGCCCCCACGGGCACAGGUCACUCCCCGUGGAAUUAGUGUGCCUGCGAGGUUCUGGCAGGAGACCAACAGCAGGCUACGUCGGCUGCCGGAGCCGGGCGUACCACUAUCAUCAUCAGGCUCGAGGACUGGGUCGCUGCCAAAGCUUGGGUUGGUGAAGAAGUCAUUGGUGGACAGCCCUUUGUCAUCUCCUCGGUCGGUUUCUUCUCCACUCCAUGGGCCCAUGAGGCCAUAUUCUCCAAGUAAGAUUGCAGCUUCUCCAUCUAGGGGAAUGGCCAGCCCUCUGCGAGCGAGGAACAGUGCGUCAGUGAACUCCUCUCCAAUUGGUCGACCGGGCAAUGCACCUUCAAUUAUAAGCUUUGCAGCAGAAGUGAGGAGGGCAAAGAAAGGGGACAACCGAAUUGAGGAAGCACACAUGUUGAGGCUGUUCCAUAAUCAUCAUUUGCAAUGGCGUUGGGUGAAUGCAAGGGCCAAUGCCACGCUCUUGGUACAAAGACUGACUGCAGAGAUGACCUAUUUGGAGGAGUUGUCUCUUUUGGAUAGAGAUCAUUCUAAUGCUUUAUUAGGAGCUAUUGAAGCAUUAAAGGCUAGCACGCUCCGUCUUCCUAUUGUUGGAGGAGCAAAGGCAGACAUCCAGGAAGUGAAAGAUGCUGUUGGUUCAGUAGUUGACGUGAUGCAGGCAAUGGGAUCCUCGAUAUGUUCUCUAUUGUCACAGGUAGAAGGGAUGAGUUCCUUGGUGUUGGAACUUGCUAAAAUGGCAGCUCAAGAACAAGCAUUGCUGGAUCAAUCCAGAGAUCUCUUGUCCAUGGUUGCAGCCAUGCAUGUGAGACAAUGCAGCCUGCAAGGGCACAUAUUGCAACUAAAACGGAAACCCAACUAGAUGAAAUUGUAGAGCUGAUUCUGUUUCUGCCUUUGUGAUCACUAACAUCACUGCUACCUCUUCUUUUUCUAACCGGAGAUUGUGCCAAUAAUAAUAAAGCAUGGUGGUUUGUUGGGUGCGAAGCGAGUGUUGUAAGUCUGCUGUUGAUCUCACGUAGGGUGGUUGAUUCAUGUGUUUUUGUAUGCAAAUUACCACAGGAAUGGCCUUUUUCCUUGCAGGAUAUGCAUUAGCUGUAUACAGAAUACUUUUUCUCCUAUGCUGAUCAAAGGAAAGCUUUUGUACAUAUGUAAUGCUUUUCUUUUUUUUUUUUCUUUUUUGGUUUUGGGAGAAGAAAUAUCACCAUUUUCUUUAUCAAAAUGUCCAUUAAAUCUUAUCCAUCUGUUGGUUUAUAGUAGUUGUUCGAAGUCCUAGAUGGCCAAAAAUGCGAACAUUGUCUGUGUUGCUUUGGUGCUAUUCAACUGUGGGCAUUGCAUUCCUUUGUCAAGUACCUCUUUCUAGCAGGAUAUGAAUGGCAAAAUUAAUCAAAAAUCAUGGAGGAGUUCACUAUUCCUUGAACUUACUUUCCCAUUUGUUCCUCCUAUAUGUACCCUUGUUCUGGCGGCCACUGCUCCAAUGAUGCAUGGCCAUCCAUUGUAUGCAAACAUUUUUGGGUAGCUUGUAUGUGAUGUAGGUCCUUUUCGAGGUAGCUUAUUUAAUCUUGUAGUCACUGAAUUGAUAGGCGUGGCACAAAUGUACCGAUACUUUAUUUGAGUU